CAGUCCGAGGCCGCUGGUUCCAGUGCAGGGCCGGACCGGCUGGGUGGGUGGGAAGUGCUGCCAGUAACGCCGCAGCCUCGGAGAGAGAGAAGAUUACAAAUGCCAGAGCCAUUUAACUGUUGGUUAACUGCUGAAUUCUGACACUUCUUUAAAUACCUUCUUGCACCAACAUCUUCACUGAGAGGAAUUCAGGAAAAGUAGCAGAGGGAAGGAGAAAUCACAUUUACAUGUACCAUGGCUAUACCAAUAACAGUACUUGACUGUGAUCUCUUGCUCUAUGGCCGAGGUCACCGGACAUUGGACCGCUUUAAGCUGGAUGACGUGACUGAUGAAUACUUGAUGUCCAUGUAUGGGUUUCCUCGACAGUUCAUUUAUUACUUGGUGGAGCUCUUGGGGGCAAGUCUUUCUAGACCUACUCAGAGAUCCAGAGCUAUUAGCCCAGAGACACAGAUCCUUGCAGCACUGGGCUUCUAUACUUCAGGUUCCUUCCAGACUCGGAUGGGAGAUGCUAUUGGAAUCAGUCAGGCAUCUAUGAGUCGCUGUGUUGCCAAUGUCACCGAAGCACUUGUGGAAAGAGCCACACAGUUCAUUCGCUUUCCAGCAGAUGAAGCCUCCGUGCAGGCUCUAAAGGAUGAAUUCUAUGGGUUGGCCGGGAUGCCAGGGGUUAUAGGGGUGGUUGACUGUAUCCAUGUGGCAAUCAAGGCACCGAAUGCUGAAGACCUUUCCUAUGUGAACCGCAAAGGACUGCAUUCUUUAAACUGCCUGAUGGUGUGUGACAUUAGAGGGGCACUAAUGACUGUGGAGACCAACCGGCCAGGCAGCCUCCAGGACUAUGCUGUGCUGCAGCAGUCUUCCCUCAGUAGUCAUUUCGAAGCUGGAGUACACAAAGAUAGCUGGCUGCUUGGUGACAGUUCCUUCUCUCUGCGUACUUGGCUCAUGACCCCCCUUCACAUUCCUGAAACCCCAGCUGAAUAUCGCUAUAAUAUGGCCCAUUCUGCAACUCACAGUGUGAUUGAGAAGACUUUCCGAACCCUCUGCUCCCGAUUUCGCUGCCUGGAUGGAUCCAAGGGAGCGCUGCAGUACUCACCAGAGAAGUCCAGCCACAUUAUCUUGGCUUGUUGUGUCCUCCACAACAUCUCCCUGGAGCAUGGGAUGGAUGUUUGGUCCUCUCCAAUGACAGGACCCAUGGAACAGCCCCCUGAAGAAGAGUAUGAACACAUGGAGUCCUUGGACCUGGAGGCUGAUAGAAUCCGUCAGGAGCUGAUGCUCACUCAUUUUAGCUAAUGUGAGAGGUGGAGGGGAGGGAAAUUUCCCAGAAGGAGUUGUGACAAACUUUCUGCCUCACCACCCCCUGCAGAGUUCCAUCAUCUAGCAUGAUUGCGUAUGUGGACACUUGUCACAAAUUGACAUUUAAUCUUUGUGUUUUAGAAGGGUUAUGGCUGUGCCAGAAUAUCCUGACUCAUUUGCAAAUACAUUAGCUAAACCAAAACCAAGCCAAUAGUUCCCUGCUACCCACUCAACUCCAGGUUGAGUGAUUGAAAAUUCACUAGCAGCAGACAUUUAUGAUUUUGCCUACAAAAUCAAAGCAAAGGGGAAAAUGGCAGUCAGCCAGAAUGUUUUUUAUUUAAUUGUCUAGAGAUUUCAAAUGAAAACAAUAUUCGUUUGCCCUAAAUUACUGGAUGGGAUUUUAGCUUUCCUACUUUGCUGCCUGUAUAGGCAUCAUCUGAGGCAAGUGUAAAGCGCAAAUUUAAGUUAGGGAAUGGUCUUCUGACAAAAGUGGCUACUAAUCUUGAGUUUUCAGCUUUGUGUUUUUAAGAGGAUGUUAGGUACAGCCUGAAGCCUCCAUCUCUAGUCUUUCUGCAGUAGUUGGACUGUGACUUGGACCUGGUUUCGAGGGAAAACAUCUGGACUCCAAUGUCCUCUUUCCAAACCAGAGAAGGAAUUAGAGGCUAAAUUGGUUUAAGAACCCAAUCAGCUUAAAGAAGCCAAGUAAUGUAGAUAAAAUAGCAAGCUUACACUUUACAGAUCUAAAAACCCGACAGAUUGAUGGGCAGAGGAGACUCACCCAGGUUUUGACAGUGCACAUCUAAACAGAUCACAUUUCUUAACGCCCAUGAUGUUAGAAUGUCUGUUUGGCCAUUCUGCUUUGAAUUUCCUUGAGUAGAAGGAAGACUUAGGGAAUAAAGAAGGCAUUGUGAAAGCA